ACAACCUACUAAUAAACAUAUUUAAAUAUGGCUUUUCCUUCGUACAAAUAUGCCAUUUUUAUUUUAGAAAUUAUUUUACUAACAGUUAUAAAUUGUUAUGCAGAAGAAAAUUGUGAGACUAUACCUUCAGAAAUACACGUGACGAAAGAGGAAUACGACGACAUGGGAAGUCUAAUAAGAUCGUGCAGUGGUGAAGUAAGCGUAAAUAAAUGCGAAGGUAUAUGCAACAGUCAAGUUCAACCAUCGGUUGUUACGCCUACAGGUUUUUUGAAGGAAUGUUUUUGCUGCAAGGAGAAUUACUUAAGAGAACGCUUAGUCACUUUGACUCACUGUUACGAUCCUGAUGGCCUCCGCUUCGUAGACGAAGAUCGUGCAGUCAUGGAGGUACGGCUUCGGGAACCAGCAGAAUGCAAAUGUUAUAAAUGUGGAGAUUUCAGUCGAUAAAUAAAUACCUAUUACAAUUUGACGGAUUCCCUCAUGACAUUAUAUAGAUGUAUUUGAUUUGAAGACGACUUUAACUAAUAACUUAUACGCUGGAAAAAGAUUGGUCAAUCCCUUUUGUAAAUAAUGUGUAGACGUAUUAUGUUUUGUAAA